AUGUACAGUAGAUGGCGUCUAUGCCGAAUACACAUAGCGGGUGGGUUCAAUCAUUUUGGCAGUCAUCGCUUAGCAUCAACGGAAGGGGCAAGGAUCGGUAAAAAAUUUGAGAAUAUGAAUCAAAUAAAGGAUUUUCUAUCGGAACCUGUGUGGUCUGUUCAUGAAUAUUUAGCAACGAAUGUGGGAGAAGAAAAGCUCAAGUUACCACCUGUAGAGGUUCUGAAGAAGUUGCUUCGAUUAUCAGGACUUCCCCUAGAAGGAGCGGAUAUUGAAGGGAUUCAAAUGCGGCUAGCAAAACAGUUAUCAUUCAUCAGCAGGCUACAUAACAUUCCUGUCAAUGGUGAAGAGGAAAUGAAGGAAUAUGAUGCUCGAUUGAUGAAAAGAAAAACGACGCGAUUGAGCUAUGAAAAGCUAUUAGAAGGCAUAGACCAUCAAACGCAGGAUGUGGAGCUGGGUGAGGUCAGUGGAUCUUGGAAAGCAACGGGGCUUGCUGCAGAAUCCAAAAAUGAGUAUUUUCUUGUUAAAGAGGGACUACUAAAAAAUAGGAAGUAA